UAAACACAAGUACAUUCCACAGAGUGUUUUUCUCUCUUCUCCUGGUCCAACUUGGACUGCUCUUUCAAGCCCCCAAUCUUAACUUUUCCUAUUUUCUUGCUUCUCAUCUUCCUUUGACUCCCUUUCAUUUUCUUCACACACAAAACAAACCCUUUAUAUAUAUACCCACACAUUCAUACAAUCAUACACAAAUUUCACUUUCUUUAUUUUUUCAUCAAGAAUUGAAAAAGAUGCCAUCUUUUGCUUCUUCACCACCUCCUUCACAUGGGUUUCAUCCAAAAUCUCGAGAUUUUAAGUCUGAUGUAUGCACCAUUGAUGUGGGUGGUCAGCUUUUUCAAACUACUAAGCAGACUUUAGCUUUGGCUGGGCCUAAUUCAAUGCUGUAUCAAGCUUGUGAGGCUGGUGAUGAAGCUGUGCCUUUUAUUGACAGAGACCCUGAGUUGUUUGCUAUUUUGUUGUCUUUGUUGAGGACAGGUAAUUUGUCAUCUAAAGCUAGAGGGAUUGAUGUUCAAGAUUUGAUUUUUGAGGCUCAGUUUUAUGGGAUUGAGGAUGUUCUUGUGGCAUCUCAAUCAAACCCUUCUCAGUUUGAGGCUUUUAAUCUUGAAAAAUCUUUGCUUUUGUCAUUGAAUGGUAGGGAUUCUCCUAAUUGUAUGUCCACAACUCCUUAUGGUUCUGUUCAUGUGGCACAUGGGAGUAAGAUCACUUCUUUUGAUUGGUCAUUGAGGAAGAAAUCUACCAUUUUGACAGAAUUUACAGCUAUUGAUUCUUUGUUGUCUAUUAGCCCUGUGAUUGCAGCUGCUGGUGCAACUGAUUUUUCUGGGUUGCAGAUUCUUGAUCUGGAUAAGGGGUUUGUUAGGGAGACAUUGAGUUGGGAGAAUGUGACUAGGUCUAGUUCAACAGUGCAGGCAAUUGGGUCAUCACCUGAUUUCCUGUUUAGUAGUUUUGAGUCGGGUCGAAGGAAUUCAAGUGCCAUUAUGGUUUAUGAUUUGCAGGGUGGUUUUCGUCCAGUUGCUGAGAUUGGGCAUUGUGAAGUCUAUGGUGCUGAUCUCGGUUCUGCGAUUCCAGCUACGAAGUUGAAUUGGGUUCCUAGUUAUAAUUUGUUAAUGGCUUCUGGUUCUCAUAGUGGACCUCAGGGAGUAAUGGGUAAUAUUAAGUUUUGGGAUAUUCGGUCUGGUAAUGUUGUUUGGGAAUUGAAGGAAAAUGUUGAUUGUUUUGCGGAUGUUACUGUUAUGGACAAUCUUUCUGCGAUAUUUAAGGUUGGUGUGAAUUCAGGAGAGGUUUUCUUCUCUGAUAUGAGGAAUAUGGGUGCUGAAAACUCGUGGGAGUGUUUAGGUGAUAAAAGAAAGGCGGCUAGUGGAAAGAAAGAAGGUGUCGGGUGUAUAAUUCAAAGUCACAACAAUCAAGUGUUUUGCAGCAAAGGUGGAGAUUUGGAGUUGUGGUCGGAGGUUAUGGUAGGGUCUCUGAGGAAGACUGAUAAUGGCACGGGCGGGAGGGUCUUCAGAAAGAACCUAAUGGGGAGAGAGAAGGACAUGGGAGGAAGUAGAAUAACCAACUUGCAGUUUGGUGGAAAUAAAAUGUUUGUCACAAGGAAGAAUCAGCAAUUUGUUGAAGUAUGGCAGAGCUCAGUAAGAGGAUUGUAAUCGUUUUUCAGACAUAUUUGUAGAAUCGAAUAGAUAGCCUACAUUCGUUGUAACACAAAUUUGUGUUAUGCAGAUGAUCCAAUUCCAUUUGUUUAUGCAGAUGUUCAAUUUGUUUUAUUUUUAUGACUGUAAUUUAUUGAAUCUUCAUAUAUUUGAUGUCAAUACAAAGAUCUCGUAUUCUUUCCA